AUGGCUAAUAAUGAAUCUCCGUUUUUAAAAGUGUUGAGAUGUGAUACCCUCACUUCUGACGAAGAUAGUGAUCCACAAAUGGACACUAGCUUACAUUCCUCGCAGAGGAAAAGAACUAACAGGGGGAGUAGCCCAACACUCACCCCACCGGCAAGAAAACGCCGUCCUAAAAAUGAUGAGAUGACGGUUCGGGAAAAGGUCAUGGGCACACUAAGAGGAAUUAUAUCCGAACUGCAAGCUACAUGCCUUGACCGGGAUAAUAAAAUUACUAAGUUUGCUGCGGAGAAAGUGCUUGAACAUGCUGGUGCACUACAAGAUCUCGUGGUCGAAUUACUAACAGACUACAAAAAAUUGCAAGGAAAGUUAGACAAGCAGACUGAAAUACUGGCAACAAGCCAGCAAAUCUCCGCAAGCCCAGUAACCUAUGCGUCCGUGGCGAAAACGGCAGUGACUGGAAGUAGAGCUGUGACUAGAGCAGGUCCUGUGCACAAAAGACCACUGCAGAUAUUGUUCAUAAGACCUGAGGAUCCGAGCGCUAUGAAAGACAGUGAGGAAGUGCAACAGACCUUCACGAAGAUAGUAGACCCUCGAAAGACAUUAAUAAAAUUUCGCCAAAUGCGGAAACUUAAAAACAAGGGUCUUCUGCUCGAGGUUGAAAGACAAGAGGAUGUGAAGAAGUUGAUCGGAAAUAGUCAACUGAAGGAACGUGGUCUUAAAGCGCAAUUGAUGGAUAAGCGUAACCCUAGAGUGAUCAUAUAUGAUGUACCAAAGUAUGUAGAAAAGAGUGAGCUACUGGGAGUAAUAACAACAAUGAACGAAGAACUGUUUAAGCAGUCUAAUCCAGACGAGUUCAAACUCAUCUUUAAAACCGGUAAACGUAGAGUGGACAUGGUGAAUUGGGUGGCGGAAGUGUCACCGCAAAUGAGAGAUAGACUAAUCAAUCAACAAAGGCUUUACGUGGAUUAUACAAGCUGUAAGGUGAAGGACUUUUUGGCCAUCAGCCGAUGUUUUAGAUGCCAAAGCUAUGGCCAUGUUGCCAAAUACUGUAAAGACGAAGAGGAUACUUGUUCUCACUGUACCGAUAGAGGACAUAAAUAUAGUGAGUGCCCAAAGCGGAAAGAGCCGGCACAAUGUGCGGCGUGUAAGCGCGUGGGCAAACCACAUAACCAUAAUCGAACAAGUAAACAGUGUGCAGCGUUUAAAAUGGCCAGUGAAAGGUACCGCAACUCUAUUGCCUAUAGCUAA